CACGAACGUAGCAAAGAACGUGAUUUUAUUCCUUGGUGACGGAAUGGACAUAGCCACGAUCACCGCUGGGCGCAUUUUCAAGGGACAGAAGCGAGGCAAGACUGGAGAGGAGUCAGUCACCACGAUGGAGUCGUUUCCUUUUGUUGCUUUGUCCAAGACGUACAACGACAACCGCCAAGUGCCCGACUCCGCUGGAACAGCUACCGCCUUCCUGUGCGGGGUCAAGGCCAACGUUGGAACUUUAGGACUCGACAGUAGUGUGCCCCGUUUCGAUUGUGCCAAACAAUUGGAGGGCUCUGGUCAUGUGACCUCUAUAUUAAAGUGGUCCAAGGAUGAAGGAAAGGCCGUUGGCAUAGUAACCACUGCACGCAUAACACACGCCACCCCAGCCGCCUCUUACGCCCACAGUGCGGACAGGGACUGGGAAAGUCCCUGGGACCUACGAGAAGGCAAUGCCACCAAGUGCCCGGAUGUUGCAGCUCAGCUCUUCGAUAAUAUUGAUAUUGAUGUGAUGAUGGGUGGGGGGAGACGAAAUAUUCUUCUAAACACGACAGAGGACCCUGAAACAGGAAAGGUUGAUAAAAGACAGAGAACAGACGGACGAGAUCUCAUAGAGGAAUGGACAACCUCAAAGGCUGCUAAAGAGAAAAAUGCAACCUAUGUGUGGAAUAAAGGACAGCUUGAUGCAGUCGAUCCCAAGAAGACGGACUGUCUGUUAGGACUGUUUGCAUCGGCACAUAUGCAGUUUGAGUUAGAUCGAGACAACAGUACAAACGGAGAUCCGUCCAUUGCUGAGAUGACGAAGAAAGCGAUUGAAAUAUUACAUAAAAACAAAAAGGGAUACUUUCUUCUUGUUGAAGGAGGCCGGAUAGAUCACGCUCACCAUAAGAACUCCGCCAUCAGAGCUUUAGAAGACUUUGUUGCGUUCGACAAUGCCAUUUCCGUUGCCGUGGAGAUGACCAAUGAAAAAGACACUCUCAUCGUGGUUACGGCCGACCAUGGCCACACGUUUAGUAUUGGAGGAAGCCAACCACGGGGAAACAACAUCCUAGGUCUUGUGGGCGACAAAGCAGGGUAUAAGUUCACGCCCUAUGAUAACAUGCCAUAUACAACUCUGUCGUAUGCAAACGGCCCGAGCCCUCUACGGAAAAACCUAACUGGCGUUAAAACGGAUUCUCGAGACUAUCUUCAGUACAACUCUGUCCGGAUGAAGUACGAGACACACGGCGGCGCGGACGUCGCCAUCUUUGCCCGCGGUCCCAUGUCGCACCUGUUCCAUUCCGUGCAAGAGCAGAACUACAUCGCCCACGUCAUGGCUUACGCGUCGUGCGUGGGCAGCAACAAGAAACACUGCAGCAGUGUCAACACGCCACAGGGCGGAUCCAGCGUCAGAGUGGGGGCGGUGACAUUGGUGGUGUGUUUUCUGGUGGUAUACAGGAAUGCCAACAUAGAGUGAUGAAUUUUGAGGAAAUAGUUUCAAGUGUUAAAAUUUUGUAUUUUUGCAUACGAUUAUUAAAUACAGAGAGUGUAUGAGUAAUAUUAGGCACGACGGAGCAGGUGGAGAGGAGCAAUAAUUGUGAAUCAAAAAUAUUAUUGAUAGUAAAUAUUAUGGCAGAGAUGAAUUUCAGGACAUCUAGUUUCCAAAAUCAUACAGGGAAUUAUUUGCGUCCUUGAUCUCAUUCAGCCCCCCCCCCACCCCUCAUGUGUACUUGCUU